AUGGCUAAGAUCAUUACCGUCGGCCACCUUGUCACGUCGAGCAAUGACGCCAGGGACAGGGUUAUCAAGGUAUUCGAACAAAUCGCGGCGUAUUCCAAAGCCCACGAACCUGGUGUAUUGACAUAUGCUGUUACAAUCCCAAGGGACGACGAUGGAGUAACCAUUUAUAUGUUGGAAGAGUAUGCUGAUAAGGCAACAUCCGAUGCUCACCUUACAAGCCAACCUGUGCAAGAUCUCAUCAAUCUCUUUACAUCGCAGCCAGUGCUGAAGGAACCACCGACCGUCUAUCAGCUUGAGCCAGUAUAUUCCUUCACAAAACCUGAGGCCAUGAAAGCAACGGACCCAUACGUUAUGUUUGCAAACAUCUCGUAUAAGGCUGGGAGUGCUACACAGUCAUUGCCCUAUUGGGAAGCAGUUUCUUCGGAAUCGGAGAACAACGAGCCAGGCUCUCUACAAUAUAGAUUGUGCAGGGAGGAGGCCAACGCAGAUAGACUGCAUACUAUAGAGGUCUAUGAAAGCAAGGAGUAUCUGUGGGAGAUACAUGCAAAGAGUAAGCAGGUCAAAGAAUCUGUUGAGAAAACGAAGGAUUUACGAUCAGGUCUGGUGCAUGCACCUCUGAAGAUGGUUAGCGGUUUUCUGCACAGAUGA